AUGACCCUUUUACCAAACUGCGGUGGCGUUAUGAGAGGAGGAGCCUUGCAAAGAUUCAUUAAAGCCCAGCCAACCCAUGCGACUCUUGAUGCACUUCUCCCCAUGAAAGAGCUUCCCCUCAAACUUGAGCUUAUCAGGGAGCUUGAGAAGCUUGUAAAGACAGAUCUUAUGUCUUCUGAUAACAUGUUUCACUUUACCAACCUCCAACUAUCGGCCCUCUCCGUAAUGUCGAUCGACACUCUGCAAGAUUUGGUCAAGAGCCUCAUAAGAUGCUUGCAUAUUAUAAGUCAUUAUACACCUCAACUUCAAUUACCUCUUUUGAUCCAAGGGAAACUUCUCCGCUGUGAAAGCAGAGGUGUGCCACAGGUAUCGGAGAGUAGUGAUAAUAACAUCCACCAGAGCGCAAAUGAGAGCGAAAAGUGCUAUCUUCGAGAUCAACGGGCUUGCGUCUUAACCAAGGCCACAGACGCCAGAGCCUGCGCUAUCAUUCCAUUUACCCUUACCGCAAGUCAGGAGAACAUUAGCACCUUUACGAAUUCAAUGUUUUAUAGCGACAUAUUAGGACACACCACCCGGGCGAAUAUCGGCCGUAUUAUGCAUUCACAACCCCUAGGUGGCCUCAAUAAAAGCUGGAACAUGCUUUGUUUACACCCGACCUUGUGUACAUGGUGGUCUCAAUGCUUAUUCGGUCUGAAGUACCUAGGAUUCGUCACCAACGGCGAUGGAAGCUCUGUUGCUGUUCAGAUACAGUUUUACUGGAUGCCUAGGAAUUGGGUUAAACCUCAGGAGUUAGCCGAGCCUCCUUACGAUGAAGCUAUCGACGCAAUGCUGCAAACUGUUGUUGCAGAUGAACAAAGAGAUUCUUUCCCAGACCUGGAAUCGGGAAAGAUUUUUGAGGUUCUAAUCGAUAAUGAAGAAGAAGCGCUCAAAAUGAAGGUAGCUUUGGAAUGCCAAUGGGUGGCUGUUAGGAUUGCGGCUCUGUCUGGCGCUGCUAGAGUCUGGGACCUCGGUCUUGAUGUACAGGAGGAUGCGGAUGUAUAUGAUACUGGGAGUCUUGACUCGUCUGAUUCUGAAGAUUAG